AAGUCUCUUGAGUGUUAAAAAAAUCAAAAGAAGAAGAUGACAAUAUUAGCAUCUAGAGCUUUGUCAGUUUAUAAACAAGAAGAACUAAUUUAAAGUGAAUGCAAAAGAAGGAUUUUUGAUUUAAAUGGAAACUAACCAGCUAUAUAAGUUUUUGUACCAAGAUGCAGAAAGUAAAGAAGGUAAUGGAGAAAAAGAACCAGAAGCAGUUCGUGCUCAUACAUGGGCUCUGCCACGGCGCAUGGACUUGGUACAAAGUGAAAACGCAGCUAGAGGCUGAGGGUCACCGUGUGACAGCAGUGGAUUUGGUUGCAUCAGGUAUAAACAUGACCAAACUGGAAGAGAUUCAGACAUUGAUUGAAUACACCAAACCGUUGCUUGAUGUUCUGAGCUCGCACGGCUCGGAUGACGAAAAGGUGAUUCUUGUGGCUCAUAGCAUGGGAGGAAUACCCGCUGCUCUUGCUUCUGACAUCUUCCCUCGUAAGAUCGCUGCUAUUGUCUUCGUGACAUCUUUCAUGCCCGACACAAAAAACCCACCUGCUUACGUUUACGAAAAGCAGUCCACAAGCAGUACCUCACAAGUGGAAUGGUUGGACACAGUGUUUGGAAUCUAUGGGAGACCAGAUCGUCCUCUAGAAUUUGCUCUUGUGGGACCAAAGUUCAUGGCCAAGAAUGUGUAUCAACUCUCUCCCCUUGAAGAUCUUGUGUUGGCGAAAAUGUUGGUGAGGGUAAACCCGAUAGUUACGAACAAUCUGGCAGGGACAAGAAGCUUUAGCGAGGAAAGGUACGGAUCCGUUACUCGUAUAUAUAUAGUAUGCGGAGAGGAUCUAACGGUACCUGAGGAUUACCAGCGUUGGAUGAUUAGUAACUUUCCACCUAAAGAAGUAAUGGAGAUCAAAGAUGCAGAUCAUAUGGCAAUGUUCUCCAAGCCGCAAGAACUAUGUGCUCUUCUCUUGGAGAUUGCGGAUAAGUAUGCUUAAAGUGAACCUGAUAUCUUCCACUACAAUACUAAGCUAAAUGUGAGAGAUUUGGAUGGACUAUAUUACAUAUGUAUAAUCAAAUCAUAUGAAUAAGAAUAUAGGAAGAGGAUAACAACA